AGGAUUAGAUAUUCCUCAUGUUGAAUUUGUUAUCAAUUAUAAUGUUCCAUUAUCGGAGAAAACUUAUCGACAUCGUGUUGGCAGAACUGCACGUGCUGGUCAAAAUGGCAUUGCACUAACCAUAGUGACACGUGAUGUAGCACAAAGUUUUUUAGAAUUAGAAGCUGCCUUACUACCUUAUCUGCCAUUAUCAACUACUACCAAUAAUAGUAAUACUUCACCUGGAAUACCUCGUUGGCCUAUUCCACUGCCAGAUUUACAUAGUCGAAAUGGUUUGUUAACUCGUCGUCGUUUAGCUGAUCAAGCUUGGUCAAGAGCUUCAAAGACUAUUCGAUCUCAGCUUGAAAGCCAUCAUCAUCGUCGUCAUCAUCUGGACAGUAAUAAUAAUAACCUAACCGAUCUAGAUCCGAUGAUCGAUGAAGAAGAAUUCAUUGAAGCCUAUGCUAAUUCUGAUGAUGAUGACGACGACGAUGAGUAUAGUACUGAUAAUUCAUCUAUCUCUGGUUCAUCCUCCUCAAAUGGGGAAUCGUCGAAGAAAUCCCAUCCCGCUACUAUUACUGCUACUACUACAACUAAUACCCUAUUAGAAACAUCUGGUCAAGCUGGUAUUAACGCUGCACGUAGAACAUGGAAAUCUAUGGCGAAAAUGUAUAAACUUCAAAAGAAAUCGAAAAUUGAAUCGGAAGAAUUACAGCGUGCAUCUCAAACAAUCGGUUGGGGUAUUAACACAUUGAAUGAUAAUAUGACGAGUGUCAAUGAUAAUGACAAUAACGCUGAAAAUGUUCACGAUGAUAAUGAUGAUGACGCUGAUGCUGAUGAACAAGAGAUUAAUCGUUAUGAACAACCAAUUAAAACAAAAUAUGCUAAAAUUGAACAAUUGAAAAAAGCGAAUCGAUUAAAACAAAAGAGGCGAUGAGUCAUAACCAUAAUGAAUCAUCAUCAUCAUCAUCAUAAUGAUGAUGAUGAUGAUUGUG